AUGACGACUACGGAAAUUAAGAAACCCUAUCGGAUGGAGGAUUUCCUGCGUCCGCAACUCUUUCAGCAGGUGGCUCAGAUGGUACAUUUCCAGUGGCGAAGGAAUCCAGAGGACAACAGCAUUGUGAAUGCCUCCAUGGCACCAUUUUGGUUGUCGGCAUUUCUCAAUAUCUUGUUCUUUGGCUGCAAUGGCUGGGAUAUCAUAGGUCACCUUUGGCUGGGACGUCCUGCCAAUCAAAAUCCCCCCGUAUUAAGCAUCACCAUUUACUUCUCGAUCAGGGGACUAAUGCUGUUCCUAAAACGAAAGGAUAUCGUUGAGUUUGUUAAUGACCUGGACCGCGAGUGCCCACGGGACCUGGCCAGCCAAUUGGACAUGCAGAUGGAUAAGACAUACCGCAACUUUUGGCAGAGGUAUCGCUUUAUCCGGGUCUAUGCUCAUCUCGGUGGUCCUAUGUUCUGUUUAAUGCCAGUGGCCUUUUUUCUCCUGACCCAUGAGGGGAAGGAUUCACCAGUUCUCCAGCAUGAACAACUUCUUGGUGGCUGGUUGCCAUUCAAUGUACGGAAAGAUCCAAAAUUCUACUUUCUAGUCUGGAUCUUCGACCUGGCGUGCACCGUUUGUGGCGUCUCUUUCUUCAUCACUUUCGACAAUCUGUUUAAUGUGAUGCAGGGACACUUGAUUAUGCACCUGAACCGUCUUGCCCGGCAGUUUGCAGAACUUGAUCCCCGCAAGAGUUUAACCAACGAGGCGAAGUUCUUUUCGGAAUUCAGAUUGUUGGUUCAGAGACAGCAGCUGCUGAAUGGUCUGUGCGGCAGAUAUAAUGAAAUCUUUAAGGUUGCUUUCCUGGUUAGCAACUUUGUGGGCGCCGGUUCCCUCUGCUUCUACCUCUUCAUGCUGUCGGAGACAUCAGAUGUGCUGAUCAUAGCCCAAUACAUUAUACCCACUAUGGUCCUGGUAGUCUUUACCUUUGAGAUCUGUCUACGCGGAACGCAAUUGGAGUCGGCAUCCGAGGGGCUGGAAAUGUCGCUACGGAGCCAGGAAUGGUAUCUGGGAAGUCAGCGGUACAGGAAGUUCUAUCUUCUCUGGAUGCAAUAUUGCCAAAGGACACAGAAACUGGGAGCCUUUGGAUUGAUCGAAGUGAACAUGGUGCACUUUACAGAAAUCAUGCAGCUGGCCUACAGGCUCUUCACUUUUCUUAAAUCUCAUUAA